AUGAAGUCACGCCAAGUCGCAGUCGAUGAGGUUGUUGCCAGGCGUGAGAAAAGUUACGUCUGGUACAACAACAGGUUGUGGAAGUUUAUGGGAUUGGCAGCAAUCCUUGUCGCGGCAGCUGUUAUCUGGGGCGAGAAAAAUCCUGCUGCUGGUGAUUAUUCCUCCGCCUUGACAAAAUCCCGUCAACUCAAGGCUCCGGCUAGAGCUCCUACAUCCGCAGCAGCUCAGGCUAGAGCUCCAUCUCCUCCGGCUACAGUUCCAUCUCCUCCGGUUAGAGCUCCAUCUCCUCCGGUUAGAGCUCCGUUUCCUCCGGCUACAGUUCCAUCUCCUCCGACUACAAUUCCGUCUGGAGCUCCGACAUCCGAAGUGGGAUGUGGGAACAACAAAGUGAACCUCUGUCACCUUGAUGGAGGGGGAAACGAGUACAAGACCCUGUGUGUUUCAUUGAACGCCAUUCCCGGCCUUCUUCGUAGUAAUGAAAAUAAUUACGUGGGCAAGUGCGUUCACGAUGCCUUCUUGGAAGAAGCCGUCAUCUUGGACUCGGAGCCAAUGGAAGGCUCCGAAGUUUUUGACGACGAUGGCGUAGCCUACGAGGUCGUUUACAAUGCCACCAUACUUACGACAGGUGUUGUCUCGCUUGGUGCCGCUUCCGAAAUGAUCACCGGCAUGGCCUGUUACAACGAUACCAUGAGUAUCAGCUUUAAAGAAACCCCGUCGCCGGACCACCUCGAGCGCAUGUUUCCUGCCUUUGCAUUGGUUGUAUUUGAUGGUAACACUCUGCAAAAUAUGGACUGUCAGCUUGGAUUGACUCCGGCAAGCAAUGACAAUGACCCCGACGUCAACAGUUCGUUUCUUAUGAUUACCGGUGUGGAAGCCGAAGGCAAGACUGUCACUGUCCAAGGUAUUCCCGCAAGCUUCCAUCACAUGUUUGAAUACCAAGAUAUUGUUUAUCGACCAGUCAAUGCUCGCAGGAACCUCAGGAAUCUUGCCCUAGGAGAAUUCGACAUUAGUGAGAGCUACGACGGUUCCUUCCAGCUUGGUAAAGACGAAAAACUCCAGAUCAAUGCCUAUGCAAAGGUCAACAUUGAUGCCAGCUCCCGGGGUCUUCGACUGAAGACUUACAUGAAGUGGCGAGGCUUCAAGAGCAAACUGAUGGUCGAUGCUCGUUAUGAGGCUGGAUUCGAUCUUAGCGCCUAUUUGAAUGCCUCGUUUGUAGCCAAAGACAGCGUUGAACUCCUGAAGGGGGAUAAGAGUACCGAUUUCCUCUCUUUUGGAAUCUACGGCAUUGGAUUGAAGUUUCCAAAACGUCUGCACAAGUGGGUGAAAAAGGUCAUCCCUGGCUUCAAGCGCGACUACUAUCUUGGAGCCAAAGCCGAUAUUCCUGCAGUCCUAAAGUACAGCUUGGAUGUCGACUAUGACGUGGACAUCAACGCUGAGGGCAGCCUUUCGACCGGAAAGAAAGAAGUAGCCUGGAGGAUGAAAGGUCCACUUUUUGGAAACUUGGAAUCCGACUUUGAUGUGACUGGAAGUGAGCCAGCCAAGUCCUCAGAUAUUCAGUUUGACUAUAACUACGAUGUAGAUGUUGACGUCAAGAUCAAAGGAGAUCUUUCUGCAGGUCUAGAACCAGCGCUGGUUCUAGAUAUUGUUGGGUUGGCAGUAGCAAGGGUUGGAGUGUUUACUGGCUUUGAUUUGAAAGCUGAAUACAACACAGACGCACUGGAUCCGAUCACUUCAGAUUCCACUUUUCCCGUGCUCUAUGGGGACUGUGGUGUCUGCCAUUACCUACAAGCCAAGUUUCAAGCGGCAGCCAGAGAUGCUUUCUUCAGGACGCAGAUUCUCGGGAAAGAUCCAAAUAAUAUACCUCUAUUCGGAGAUUGGGAGGUUGCGUUUGUGAUAGCCCAGCUCUGUCUACUGAAAGGCGAGGAUAAGAAUUGCGGUGACACCUGCUGCCGUGAUUCGCAGGUCUGUAUUGUCGACGCCGUUUCCAAAGAAGGCAGCUGCCGGCACAACGGAGAGCCUACCCAAUUACCGAGCGAGGCGCCAUCGAUCUCCCCAACAACUACAACCGAUGGAAUUCCUAUUGGCCAUUAUCUUUUUGUAGUCGAGCCGGUUGGUGGAUCUGCCAACUGUGAUGGCAAGUUGAAGCUUGGUGAUUGGGGCUAUCAGGACAAAUGCAACGGGUUUACGCCAUCGGGCAAUCCAGCCUAUGAAAUCUUGGUGUCAAGCAAACCUUCAAAAUGGGUCAAGAUGACUUUCAAUGGUCACAACCGAAGUUGUUGGAGGAGCGACCGCGGCUUCUAUAUCGAGGGAACUCAUAGUGGUCUGGAACCACCACCGGACAAAUGUGUCGCGCUCCGCCGCCGAAGAUACAAAUGGGGGAUGUGCAGCAACCGUGAAACAUUCCGAUUGAAUGUCGACGGAUACUACAAAGAUGAGGAAGGGGAAGUUCAUGUUUUGGAUUUGAACGUGAAGGAUAACUCAGUUUGUUAA